CUCUCUAUCUCUCCGAGUCCUCUCUCCUUCUUUCAGCUCUAUCUCUCUCGGCUCUAUCUCUCAUUCUCUCAGCUCUAUAUCUCACUCAGCUCUCUCUCAUUAUCUCAGCUUUUUAUUUCUGUCCUCUCUUUCUUUCAGCUCUAUCUCUCAUUCUCUCAGCUCUAUAUCUCACUCAGCUCUCUCUCUCAUUCUCUUAGCUUUCUAUCUUUCAGUCCUCUCUUUCUUUCAGUGCUAUCUCUCAGCACUCUCUCUCUCUCUCUCUCUCUCUCUCUCUCUCUCUCUCUCUCGCUCUCUCUCUCUCUCUCCUCACUCCGCCCAUGCUAGCGUUUGAAGGAAGUCACAAGAGCAGCACAUAAAAAGGAAGCCUAGAGGCGCAGAGGAGGAGAAAGUGUAGAGAGCUGACAGGAACACGCGAAAAUGGCUGACAGUAAACUUGGGGGCAACAUUGGGGGCAACAUAGGCGCCGGAGCUGGCAUCCUGGCCAAACGCUUCCAGAAGUCCAUGAACAGAGCUCAGGAGAAGGUCCUGCAGAAACUCGGAAAAACCAUGGAGACAAAAGAUGAACAGUUUGAGCAGUGCUCCUUCAAUAUGAACAAACAACAGGUGGACGGGACCAGAUUGUUCAAGGAUGUAAAGUCUUACUACAAUGCAGUCAAAGCCAUGCACGAAACGUCGAAACGUCUGUCUCAGACUCUUGCAGACAUUUAUGAGUCAGACUGGCAGGGUGUAGAGGAUCUGUCCACCAUUAUGGAGAGUGAGGACCUGCUGUGGAAUGACUAUGAGGAGAAGUUAAGUGAUCAGAUUAUUCGCACAAUGGAGAACUACACCAGUCAGUUUCCAGAUGUCAAAGAACGAGUGGCCAAGCGCGGACGCAAACUGGUAGAUUACGAUUCUGCUCGCCACCAUCUGGAGGCACUUCAGAACGCCAAGAAAAAAGACGACGCCAAAAUAUCCAAAGCAGAGGAGGAGUUUACCAAGGCGCAGAAUGUGUUUGAGGACAUCAACAAAGAACUGCGAGAGGAACUGCCUGUCCUUUAUCAAAGUCGCAUUGGCUGCUAUGUGACAGUGUUUCAGAACAUCUCAAACCUCAGGGAUGUCUUUUACAAGGAGAUGAGUGUGUUAAAUCAUGACCUCUAUAAUGUAAUGAAGAAGCUUGAGACGCAGCACUCCACCAAAACCUUUAUUGUCAAAGGUCUUAACAGUACUAAGUCUAAGAAGAGGAAAUCUGUCACCAUCUCUGCGCCGAUCCCCUGUAAUACAGCUUUCCCUGCUGAUCAUCCAGGUUUGAGUAAGCUCAGUGUGCCUGAAGGACUUGCAGCCACCAAAGACACAAACACAGACUCGUACUCAACUCCAGCAAAGGCUGAAAAUGCAGCAGCUGAAACAUCAGACUCGGACGACUUCAGCUCCAUUGACAGUGUACCCACCACACCCAAUAGACAGUCUGUGUGCUCCGAGGGGGAGGGAGUAAAGCUUGAGGCAGCCAAUGAAAGCACAGCAGAAACCGCUGAUGACGAGUCAGUACAAUCAGUUGAUAAAGAGCAGCCAGAAAGUUCAGCUGCCAGUGAGCAGGAUGAAGAAGAACAUAAUGAACAUAAUGCGGAUGCUUCAUCAACUGAGGACACAGACACAUCCGGGGCUCUGCAGUCUGAAGGUAAAGAAGAGGAGCCUGUGCCUUUACUUAGUGAAAAUGAGAAAAAUAAAGAAAAAGCAGCUCCUGUUCCCACCAGCCGCUCACUCACCUCUCACAAGAAUCUGAAAAUAGAAGAUGAAGCAGGAGAUGAGAGUGAGAAGGCAAAGAAUGGAAAAGUGGAGGACCAAGCUAAAGAUUUAAAGACAGGAAAAGAGGUUGAAUAUUCAAACCCUCCUGGCUUCCUUUACAAGGCUAUCGCUUUGGAGAACCAGGAGUCAGAUGAAGGUGUUCUUCUUAUGUUCUCAGAAGGAGAUGUGCUGCUAAUACAUGUUGAUGAAGAGGAAAAGCCGGAAGGAAGUGUGUGGGGAAUAAGGGAGCAGGACUGGAUCCAGUAUAAGGACCUAACGCUUCUGUCUGGCAUUGUUAUGGAGACAAUGUUGAAACGCAUUGACUCUGACUAGACCUGGACUGUAAUAUAUGUAAUGUAGGUCACUGUUUGCUGUCUGGAGACUGAGCCCAUUAUUUGGCAGAACAAGAUCUGUGCAGUAUACCUGUAACAAGCUGUAUUUUGAAAUCAGAAUUUUUCUUUGGUCCGGUUCCUUUAUGGUCUUUCACGUUGAUUGUUGGGGUUGACCUCCAGCCUCUAAAUUACUGCAAUAUUUGUGUUUUCUACACUAAAACAGUAACUUUAUCUUGUUUUAUAGUCUUCCCAGUAUUAGCAGACAAUUGUUAAUGCUGACAAGUCUGUCUAUGUUGAAUUUCCCCUCGUGGAGAUGUGUAAUAUUUGUAAAAGUAAUUCCUGUUUAUGAAAUAUGAUAUGAUUUCUAAAAAAAAAACCUAUGUUUAAUUUUAAAUGUAUGUCUUUGUGUAUUUCUUCUUAAAUGUGCCUCAUUCUAUUGAAACACCGGUUCUCUGUUCUGGUCGUUGAGUUACAGUAUUUGCUUACUUGCCUCACUCACCUUCAGACACAUUAAUUGAUCUACAUGGGCUCUUAUUGACAUGCUAAAAAUAUGUUUAAAAAAUAUUAGAGUGGUUGUAAUUCUAAAUGAUAACUGUGACGUUUCCUGAAGGUUUUAUGUGUUAUUUUUUUUACAGGAAAAAAAGAUAAUACUUGUUUUGUGUUAAUAAAGAUUGAAAGAAAACUA